AUGACGACAUCUCAGACCAGUGUUUCGACCCCCGGCGCUGGCCUGGCUGCCGGGACGACGUCGAUGCCGCCGGCCUCCUCCGGCGCCAGCCCCUCCAUGCCGGCUCAGCAGCCCCCAUCUCAAGCGCAGGUGGUCAGUCGUCCUGGGGGUGCUUCCUUCCCACCAGGGCUAGCCGCAGCGGCCGUUGUCCCGGUCACGCAUAAGGGCUUUCACCGGUCCCACUCGUCGCGCUUUUACUCGAACAACGAAUCGAACCCCGUGAAGCUGGAGCCCCUGCCGCUCUUCCACACCCUACGCACGGGCCUCAAACCGAGGUCGCCCAGCACCCAUGGCUCCUUCAGCAGCGCCUCAAUCAGGCGCAGGUGA